AUGGGUGGUGUUCAGAGUGGUGCACAUAAUCUUGGCGAUGCAUUGUGGAUGCAUGAGAGACAACGCCAGAGGGGCCAAAGGGAGAUCCCUCGAUAUGAGCCGCAGAGUGAACAAAACAGCCAGGGCCGACGUAAAUUGUUGAAGAGAACGCGGAGUUUGGCGGUGAUAUCCGAGGACAGUAGAAACGAUCGAGAGGUGAAUCGUAAUUUUUCAGUGGGCGAACUGACCUUGGAUGUGCCGAGGAGACCUCAGCUGAUUCCUCGGGCCAAACUUAUUGACAGGAACUCACUCAAGGACAGAUUAUCCAAGAGUCAGCAGCAUCUUUCGGAUACUUACGACGGGUACCACGAGGUGAGGCCCUAUCACUCUCACUCGAUCUGCGAUCUUCACUCGAGACCAUCGACACUGCCCUACUUGCAAGAGCCUCCUUAUUGUGCUAGACUUACAAAUCGUGAGGAACCCGAUAGAUUAAAUAUACUCGAUUGGCCGAGAACACCGAGACGAUAUCGGAGCCAUCAAGACCUCGACACUGUCAGCGGUCUUGUUGACAUUGUUGAGGACGACUGGCCUGCUCUUAAUGAAGGGCAACGAGAUAUAUACACGCAGGUGAAGCGCAAGCGGAAGGAACAUCGUAGCUUAGAUAGUAUUUUAUUCGAGGAUGGAGAGGACGGAGAGCUCGAGUACUUUGAUGUCCUGAAUUUACUGCCUCUGUCAAAGGUACGGCUGGAGUUUGACGAAUCAGAUACCAGGAACAGCAAUUUUACACCUUCAAACAGGGUGAAACUGGUGGGUGGUGGUGGUACGAAGGGGAACGAGACGUCUAGUGAGUCUGAUGGUGAAUCAAUCAAUGGUGUAGAAUCGGAACCAAGGCAAACACCGAGAAUACUACAGGUUUCCGAGUUCUCUGAUGACAAUCAGGAUAACUCAUUGCAAAUUGGCAGCAAUGUGACUGAUGAGGAAAAAUAUAGGAGUCAUUCGGUUGAUGAGAAAAUCUUUGAAAAGAGCCCGACGGACGAGGAGUCCUGGAAAAGUUUUCUUUCGUCAUCUGGUAGAAGCGUGUGGGAGACAAAUUCCCAUCGUGAGUCUUUCGACACUGCCAAGGACGAGGUCGAGCAGCAAUCCAAGAGCCUAGAGAGGAAAAAUAUUGAGGACGAAUGCAAUAACAAUUUAUUUGGAAAGCAGCCUGUGGACACCCGUAUUUCUUCUGAGAAAAAUCAUUCGGAGAGCGAGGAAAAAAAUACUUCAACAAGUGUAAUUGUUGAUGGGAACGAGGGCAAUAUACCUGGGGGAACGGUUGAAGAGGCUGAGGAUUCCAAAUCUCUGUGGAUAUCCGAUAGUGAGGAGAUUGAGGACAUGUCUAGGCGUCCACAGGUCUUGAAAAUUAUUGACAGCGAGGUGACGAAAAAGAGAAAUUGGGGACCUACUGUCAUUGAGAUUGAUGAUGUCGCGAGGCAGGAGACGAAUGUUAAAAGAAACAACCAUCAUAUGGAGCAAGAUAUUGUAGAUGAAAAUGUGAAACAGAAGAAUGGAAAUGACAAACAAGAAUGUAAAAUCGGUGAAGCAUGCAACUUGUUUAAAUCUAAAUUCACUGAGAAAGAGGUAUCAAAACCAGAGAGUAGAUUUGAUAAGAUUGUGAAAGAAACCUCAAGCAUGAUUGGAAAAGCAUGCAGAAGCCUGAGAUUUGAAGCACCAUCUGAGAGUUCUGAUCUAGGUCUUGGAUCUGACUGCGGUAGUGACACAAGACGAAGAUCUAUAGACGACGACGACGACGACGACGACGACGACGACGAGGACGACGACGACGACGGUGUAGAUGUCACUGAGGAUAUAGUACCUUUCAGCAAGAAACCUAGCGAGGAACAGUUGUCUAUGCAAAUGGAGGAUAAAAAUAAUAAAGCAGGUAGCAAAAUUUGCACCAAUCUUACAAGAUCACGAAGUUGUGUUAAAUCUCUCGAGUGUCAGGAUACAGAUGCCGCGGAAUUUGAUCAUGUGCGUUAUAAGAUUGUCAAGUCACGAUUAUUUGGGAAAAAUAUAUACGGAAAUGUACCGCAUAAAGGAGACGUUGGAUACGAGGGACUUAUGCAAUAUCUACGAGACUAUUCAUUCCAAGAAUUGUUGCUCGAUAACAAUGUCGUAAUCAUCGAACCUGUACGAGCCGAGCAUAUUGAGAUAAAAUCAUCCUCUACGGUUGGCAAAGGAAAGACGAAUACAAGUGAGAAGAAGUCAGAAAAUGAGAGUGGUAAUAAUUCAGAAACAACAGCUAAAAAUAAAGACUCUCAAAAUAUUUCGAAACAAUCAUCAUUGAGAAAACACUUCUUCUAUCACCCGAUAAGUUCGGUCAACAGGGUUAAUCGUGAGUUAAUCGAUGAGGAACUGCCAGAUCCUGAUACUGUGCGAAACGUAAGGAGAAUAUUUGAAGCGACAUUGUUCCCAAAGAGUACAUCAAAUCAAGCCAAUUGUAAGGGCCGAAAGAGUGUCAGCAUGAAAGAUCUUAGCAAUAUGUGUGAUGACGUCAAUGUCAACAACUUGGAGAUUUCAAGAUCACGAUCGUCAAGCAGGGCGAAGGAUCUGAUGCGUCUAUUUGAGGGUCUCGACAGAACAUCCUCAACUACUAUUCAGACAGGUAAAGACGCUCUUGGUAACGUUACAAGGAGUAAUGAAUCUAAGACAAGAAUAAUUGCACAGUCAUUUGAAGCAACAAGUGGAGAUACAUCAGCUAGUGAUGUUCCUGGCUGCGCCAGGAAUAAAAUUAAAAACUAUCGAGAGCAAAUUAAUCGCCGGCAUCAUCUGACUAAUUGGGAUGCUGGCAGUGUGAGUUCAGGAGUGUCGAGUGAUUAUCCUGAUACGGAUCCUGGCAGUGGAGCUCAGUGUACUUGUUCGGAGGAUGAAGAUAUUGAUUGUCGAGAUGAUGAGGCAAUGCGUAAUAAUACUGAGCGGGAGGAUGGCCACUAUGUGUCCAUCCUGCCAGAUGUAUUGAAGAAAAUACGAGAAUGUGGAACAUCUGUCACUUACUACGGGGGAAAAGUUGUCAAUACCUGCAAUGGGCCACUUAUUUCACCCACCAGUUGCAAAAGCAAAAUCCUCAAGAGGAACAAGCCAAGCCUCAGACUCGACGAUUAUGUCAAGUUUCGUCUCGUCAAGAGCAACUCUUGCGACAGUAGGCUUGAACUUACCGGAAGGGUUGUUGAGAGGAGAUCCAGGUUGGAGGCUAAACAACAGAGGGAGAAUAAUAAUAGCAGCACUGGCAAAUUAAUACGAAAUUCCGACCUGACGGGUUGCACUAUUGCUGAGUCGCCGAGUAUUGAAAUUACAACUCCAAAUAGCUUACCAUUCGAGGAUGAUAGAGUGGAAAUUAUCAGUAAAAGUAUUACAAAACGUGAACCCCCGGUUGUGAUAGGUUUAGAACCAAAAAAAGAUGAUAAUCGUAAUAACGGUGGAUUUUUCAAAGCGAAUUUUCAACUUGGACAAAUUCAUGAUGGAAAAUCAAAUAUUGCUAACAAAUUCGCAAGUGCUUUGACAAAGUGGCAGAUUAAUGAGUGCGAUUGGAAGAAGAAUCAAACGGAUUUUGGAAAAAUGGAAUUUGAAGAGUUUGAAGUUUUAGAGGAUAGUCUCAAUGGUACUGAUAACUAAAUGUUUCUGUAUAAUAGAUAAAUCAAACUUCUUAAGGCACCGAUAGUUGAUAGUCAUAUAUGAAAUGUAAUUUAAUUACAUUUAACCCAAGCAUGAACAAUAAAAGCUACUGUUCUUCUGAA